AUGAAACGAGUGGACGACUUGUUGCUCACGACGUGCUCAUUCUUCUUCCUUCUUCUCGGAUCACUCCCUUCCGCCUCUUCAGAUGAACAUGUCGUGUACUGGAACUCCACGAAUCCAACGUAAGUCCCCUUAUAUUUCUUUCUUUUUUUAUUCUCUUCAUUUCGUACUACUGUAGUUACGUUGAUAGUCUCUGCUCGCGCGCUUCAUUAUAAUCUUAUCAAAUUGGGCAAACAGUCGGCUCGAAACUACUGGCCAUUGUUCGCCGAUAACCGAAUACGCCCGCAGGUGCUUGUAGGGACCGUCAGCUUUUCGACCAAAUGGCUUUUCGAAGCUGCAGCUGCUGCUCAUCAUUUUGUUUAGAAAACUGGGCGAAUGUGAGAACAUAGUCGUUGAAUUCUUCUUAUAAAUUGUAAAUGUGACGUGCGGGAGAAAUGUUUUGUUUUGCCGCCGGGACCACCACAAUCCGGUGUGCUCCAUUAGAACCACAUCACCUGCUCCUCGAUUUCCUCCUCCCUUUCCCCCCAAUUGUUUACCGAUCCACACGUCUUCGGCUGGCCUCUUCCGUAUUCUUUUAGAAACCACCUUUCAAUACUUGCUGAUCAUUUUGACGCGAGAACAGAAUACCGCUGCCGCCGGUUAUUUGCAUAACAACGGACGGUGCGCAGUGGGUGGAGGUCGGUGUCACUUUUUGUCAGGUGUCAACACGUUUUGCACUGUCAAUCGAGUUAACUAGGUGUGGUCCCACGUGUUCCAGUCUUUUGCAUUGUUCGAAAUUCCCCAACAGCUAAGAUAGAAGAGAUUAGCACCAGUCAGUCACAGUAAUUAUCCAACGUUACGUCAAACUUGGCGAUGGGCUACCCAGAUAAUCAUGCGAGCGACAUACAGAUCAUCAAACCGUUAUGUGGUCCGUUCCGGAAAUGUGUGAGACCAAUGUGUGUCAUUCGUUUAUUUGGAGUAAUAUCAAUAUCCACUUGAGCAGAGUUGCGUAGUGGAAGCCCCUCUCCUUGUUUGCACUCAGAUUUUUGACUAGGCCCAAGAUGGUGUGUUAUGCAACGCAGGUGUGGGAGGGAGGGAAGAGCUCAUGGAGGUCCGAGUCCGACGAAAUAUACUAGACGUUUGAUGCGAUUAAAAGGAGUCUCCUAGCACAAAAUUGCUGUCUUUUCUGCUGCUCUCCGUUUCACUUGAAGAGCCCAUUUCCGGCUCCGUGUUAUUGGAAUGCGGGUGGUCGUCGAAGCACUUGACGUCGUCUGGCCACCCUUCAUUUUGGGAGGUACCAGCAGAAUGACCUUACUUCUUCUGAUUCAGAAUUUAUCGUCUUCGUCUUCUGGGCACAGGCGGCGCAUGAUUUACGGCGUCGCUCCCUCCGUCUUCGACCGAUCCUUAUCCUUGUAAUAAUCUUUCGUUGCGGCCGGAGAGCGACACGGGCUACGUAAAAAGCAUCGCAUUAACCUCAGCCGCAGAGCGUUUUCGAUUUUCGCAUUCGAAAUCAAAACAGGGAAAAAUGGAUGAAAUGUGACAAGGCACGCGAUGGUUUUUCCCCAAAACGGUGUAUCGUGUGUCCGGUUGCAUCACACCGUCCCGAGUUUUGUUUUCCUUUCGGCGGAAGGCUCAAAGGAUUCACGCAACAGAGUCGUUUGCACACAACGAGCUACUGAUAUACAGUCGUCACAAAGAAAAUUACUAGUGCUGCAACAAGUAAAUCUCCAUAAAACACCUGUCCCCUUUCGGUUUGGAGGCUAUCUCUUAGUUCGGGAAAGGGUCGUUAGCCGCCGUCUCACAUCAUUAAAAGAUGGCGGUAAUAGCCGCGAUGGCGGUACGAUCGAAUCGCUUAGAAGGUGUCAAAGUUAGGAGAACACCUGCCCGCCGAUGGAAUCGAAAGAUGCGAAGAGUUCCCAGCCGAAUUUGCAUAUGAGUAAGAAAGAGCGAACGGUCGAUGCAAAUCAACCGUUCUUUUGUUAUUUAGGCCCCCAGAAGGACGAAGGAUGCAAAAGUCUGCGUGCGCGGGCGAACGGACGGCCCGAGAUUUACAGGCAGUUCGUUGCACACUGUCUUUUGAGAGGUGCCGCCGUCUGCCGAGAAGGCCAAUAGAUUUGUCUCCUCUACAAUAAUAAUAAUAAGGACGAAGAUGGUGAUGAUUAUGAGUCUCGGGGAUAUCGUUCCCGAUGGGUUAAUCUUAAAAUUAGAAGGGUUGCUUCUAACCGAACCAUCUGUGCUGAGUUUUUGCGCAAUACAAAAUCCCUUCUCCUUGAGGGGCGCGACUAAUUAGCACUUGAAAUAAGAUUAUUAUAAUGAUGGAGGCGACGGAAACCAAUUAAACUGAUAUUCAUCUGGGUUGAAGCUCAUGUACAUUGACAGCCUGUUGACUGUGCACACCAAUUAGCGAGGCUGUUCCUGCUGACAUAUGUGUGCUCUUCCUCUUCCGUUUUUUCCGUCACUCUCCAAUCUAUUGCAUAUGUCCAAUACCCGCGAAAGCGCGCCCAUAUCCGACGUCUGAAUGAGCAAUCACGUACAUUUGGUACGUUUCAAUUUGUCUAAAACGCGGCUGAAGGGGGCUCGGCUAAGAGCCGCUGCUUUGUGAGCCCGCAUUACUAAAUCAGAAAGAAAUCGGAGGGAAAUGUUGGGCGAUGAAGGAAAGCGACACUUUCAAGUAUGCAAAUCACCGACCGCAAGAGUUACCUUCUUCUCACUUUCGCUCGCAGUUAAACCUAAUGGACGCACGUUGUCAUGACGAUUCCACUUCCUCUCAAUCGCAACUAAUGAACCUUUCCUGAAGGCUUUUGAUAAUCUGAGGACGGAUAAUCUCGACUCGCUACUCAUUUGUCGCGCUCAUGUUUCGAAUAAUAAGAGGUUCUCGGAUGCAGGAGGGCAUGUGCAGGCGGUUAAUUACCUGCGAAAGGGACUGGUUCCGGAUAAACAAGAUCUUAUUUGGUUGGGCUCUCCGUCUCUUUUCUUGGUAUGCUCAAUUUGUUGAGGUCGUGUGGGCUGUUGGGCGAAAAAAUGGAGGCCAAUUUGAGAAAUGGUUUGUAUGAAUAUGUAACAGUGUACCUCUUCCUCCCCCGCGAGAGACAAGAAGUUAAUCUUGGACAAGCACUCAUUGACCAUGGCUGGUGGCCGGACGUUCGGAUUAACCUGAAGGGCCAUUGACACGUGUAUUGAAGCUUCUUCGAUUGUCUUCUCUCCUGUUUAUUUGCCCGGGGGACUCUGGUAACCGGAGCCCUGUUUUGUGCUCGUUCCUCAUGAGCUGGACAGUAGGGAUGCAGAACAGGCGCCUGAAAAAAACAGGCGCAGGCGCCAAAAAUCGCCUGUUUUGCAUCCCUACUGUUCAGAGUCGACCAAUUUCCCCUUUCGAAUUAUCCCAAUGUGACGUCACACACUCUCAAAUUGGCUGUGAAACACAUGGCCAAACAUUCCUACAUAUUCUCACUCUUGUUUCCGUAAUGGACAGAAGAAGGCGUGAUUUUGAGUAGGUGUAAGAUGGAGGUGUAAUAAUGCGUCGUCGUGCGUCACACAGUUCGUCCUCGGAUGUAUCAUGGCGACGAGACACGCUCGGAUGAGUUCCGAUCCUAAUUUGAAUGUCACUCACUCUCUCUCUUCCCGCAGACGACCCACCGACUUGUUUGGCGGAAAAGGUGGGGGUCAAUCUGCGAUGAUUGAUCCGUUUGAUAACAAAUUGGCAUGACACUUGGGUCCGAAGACUCUGAGACUCCUGAAGACUCCCAAGGGAAGCAAUAUCUAGAGGGGACCGGAAGACUUUCCUGAAACUCAGAUGACCCCACAAACGGGUAACUCGAUCCUAAUCCCACAUUCCUUUAUUCCAUUGUGUGCUCAACAAGUUUGUGUAAUAAUAGUUGCGGACGGGUCGAGGUGAUCAAAAUUGAUGCGAUAUGGAUGAGUCUGCUGUUGAGCAUCUUCCCGGGAGGGUUGCGCAACACGUGUUUGUACUCGCACGCGUCUUCUUCGAGAACGUCGCACGUCUGUUGGCAGAAGGUCUCCCGAGUGCAGCAGGAAAUGUGGCCGGCCGGUCCGAAGCCGAUGAAUUUUUAAACAUGUUUUGAUAUGUAAGAGUGUUUACCCACUCACAACUGCAGAGAUUCAUAAAGUCGACCGUGGGAACUGACUUCUUCUGUCUUAGGCUCUUUCCCGUCCGUACUAUGCUAUUUAGCUUAUUCGCCUUUCAAGAUGAUUCUAUAAUAGAGGGCGUCUCCUCUUCCUCGCGCUAUGAGUUUGUAUUCCAUAUAACAUAGACGGCUCCAAAAAGAGGCAGAGUAAAUUUCGUUUAAAAUGGGGAUAAUUGAGUUGGGUUGUUGUGGCAGUGGCCGUUUCCCGCGCUCUCGAGAAAGAAGAAAAACGGGAGGAGAGGAAGGGAUCUUGAUAAGAGAUGUCGAGUGCCGGCCACGCGCGCCGACUGAUGCGAACUCCAUCCGAUUAUCGAAAUUUAUGACUUCUUCCCCACAGAGAGACUGUAAUUAUGAACUGCCGAUUAAUUUAUGGGGUCGUCGAACGUCGUCGACGACGAAGACGAAGAACGGAACGCCAGAAAUGACUACUCGACUUAAUUUAUUUAUAAAUCGGUACGGUCAACGAAGACUACGUCAGGUUGGAUUACGGUAAUUGGGACUCAAAAAUUAGUGUGACAAAGGAGAGCGAAGAAAUGCCGAACCCAUUAUUAGCAAUUAACCCCAGACACUGUUGUACAACACAGAUGACUCGGCGACUUUCGGACCUUUACCACCUGUCCAGUCAUUUGCGACGGACCGCCGAAACAUGGAGAGAAGAAGAAGCGGGCCUUGGCCAUUAGGCACCAGAUCGACGCGAGGGACGUGUCGUCCUUGUCCACUUUUUGGCUCAUUUACCCUCCGACGAUGCAGCUCGCCCCCUCAUAAAAUGUGGAACUUUUCGUGGUAACAACUCGUCGUAAAUGUCCACGAUUUAUGAGAGGGAACACCCGGAGGAUUGUAAAAAGUGUGUGUGGAAUUGGGUGGCAAAUUGAUGUGUGAAGUGACCCAGAGGCACGUGAAAUCGGAUACUUUUGUGGCGAAGAUUCACACUUCUUCCGGCUGCUGCUAUUCAUCCCUCGGAUGGCAUUAGCAUUAGGAUGCGCGUGGUGUUGUCAAAUGGCUGUCAAUUUAUUUGUCUUUUGGCAGACGUCUGUACGGUGGCAGGUGGCAUCUCGCCUAUUGGAAUGGUAUUAGCCUCGAUGCACAUGUCCCGUGAUUAUUGGGCGAAUUUGCGUGAGACGGGCGUAAACAUUGAUAAUUGGCACAAUCUCAGUCGUCCUUCACUUUAUCAUUCGGCUCCGUUCCGGGGUGCAAAGACUCUCCCGUUCCGCUUUUCUCAAGUGCAUUGACACAUGUUCGAUGGUAAUAGAGUCGGUCUCGCAAAGAAAUCAGCGGCAUUCUUGACCAAAUGGCCCUCUUUUGGCGCAUGUCUUUGUGCUCUAUGAGGAGCUUACAGUAGAAUGACACCGCCAAUUAGCCGCCUUACGCAAGCCAACGGAAAGGGGGAUUAUUUGAUUUACGGGAGGUAUCGGGUCCAAUGAUCCGGAAGCCGAGGGAGACCUCUUUGUGUGUUCUUCAUUAAUGGGCAACGGAAAUGAAUAAGACAACGUGACUAUUUUGGCAUGUUUCAGGUUCCGAAAUCGGAAUCCGACGAUCGAAGUGCGCAUGGGAGACCUUGUUCGUUUUGUGUGUCCGGACAAUGAGGGCAUGGGGACGAGCGGAGAGUACUUGAUUGUCUACGAAGUUUCCGAAUUGGCCAAGGAUGAGUGCUCUCUGGAAUCGGAUUCACGCGAAGUCGUCAGAUGUGGACCGGAGGGACUCGCAGACGUUAUGCUCCGCACUCAGCAGUUGUCUGGAAAACGAGUGGAGCACAAGAAGAGGAAUCCGGUGAAGAACGUGGCACAACUCAUCAGACAAAUCAACCCCAUUCCGAACGGGAGAGAGUACCAAAUAGGACAGACCUACUACUACAUGAGUGAGUGAUUAAACCUAUUCUUCUCUGAGUUACCCUCUGUUUUCAGCUACCUCAUCCGGUAAACUGGAAGGAAUGAACAAGCAGAUAUCGGGUCUUUGCGAGUCGCAGAACAUGAGACUCGCCAUGAAAGUGAUGGCCAGUCAGGCGGCUCAUCCUGUCAAACCGAUGGCUCCGACUCGCCGACAAGAGGAUUUCGUAACGAAAAGCAGCGCGGAAAUGAUGGGCGGACAGGAGGACGAGGACUCGGAGAACGACAGCGCCCAUCUGCUGCCGAGAGAUUUGGAGGGAACCACGAAUCCAAAGUUUAGGAGACCGUCACAGUUGGAGCAGGCGGCCGCAUCGGCUGGGGUGCAGGACCAACAGUUUUACAAGGUAAUCGGAAAAAAAAAGAAAGUAAGAGAGAAUGAAAAGUUGCAGGUGGUUCAAAUGGCGAAAGAGGGAAAGACGGGGACGUUCGAGAAUGAGAGGGGCGAAGGCCUGAAUAAAGGUUCGGAGAGCAACGGCUGGCAUCCUGUGAAUGUGCAGUACGUGGCCGAUUUGAUGCACGACGCCUACCAGAAUGUGGACGCGAGCCUCACUUAUCAGAGGGAGCCCGAUUUUGAAAUCCAUGAAGAUAGUGGUGAGGAAAAAGACUACCUAGAAAUAAAUUUAGAAAGACUAUUUUCAGAUCUUGCGGUGAAGUCAUUGGAGUACUCGUCCUCGGCGUUCGCCAUUUCAACACUGCCUGCUCUUCUUCUCGUGCUUGCCUUCUUUCUUUUCUAA